GCUCGGCGGCGGCAGGAGGGCGUCGGGCCAUGGAGGCGGAGCGGGCCGGGGAGCAGAUGAGACCGCUACUCACCCGGGGUCCUGAUGAAGAAGCUGUUGUGGAUCUUGGGAAAACAAAUUCAACUAUCAAUACAAACUUCGAAAAGGAAGAACUAGAAAGUCAUCGAGCUGUCUAUAUUGGUGUGCACGUCCCAUUUAGUAAAGAGAAUCGUCGACGCCACAAGCACCGUGGACACAAGCAUCACCACCGAAGGAAAAAAGAUAAAGAAUCAGAUAGAGAAGAUGGGCGCGAGUCUCCUCCUUACGAUACACCCUCCCAACGAGUCCAGUUUAUCCUUGGUACUGAGGAUGAUGACGAAGAGCACAUUCCCCAUGAUCUCUUCACCGAAAUGGAUGAACUUUGUUUCAGGGAUGGAGAAGAAUAUGAAUGGAAAGAAACUGCUAGGUGGCUAAAAUUUGAAGAGGAUGUUGAAGAUGGUGGUGACAGGUGGAGCAAACCUUAUGUGGCAACUCUGUCUUUGCACAGUCUCUUUGAAUUAAGAAGUUGUAUCUUAAAUGGAACAGUCAUGCUGGACAUGAGAGCAAGUACUCUAGAUGAAAUAGCAGAUAUGGUACUGGACAACAUGAUAGCCUCUGGCCAGUUGGAUGAAUCCAUAAGAGAGAAUGUUAGGGAAGCUCUCCUGAAAAGACAUCAUCAUCAGAACGAGAAGAAGUUCAGUAGUCGGAUCCCCCUCGUUCGAUCUUUCGCAGACAUAGGCAAGAAACAUUCUGAUCCUCACUUGCUUGAACGGAAUGGGGAAGGCCUUUCAGCCUCCCGCCACUCUUUGCGGACAGGUCUCUCUGCUUCCAACCUUUCUCUGAGAGGAGAAUCACCUCUGUCCCUUCUCAGCCUCCUUAUUCCUUCUUCAAGAGCUGGGACCCCAGCAGGCUCCAGGUGUACCACCCCCGUACCCACCCCUCAAAACAGCCCACCUGCCAGUCCUAGCGUCGGCCGCCUGGCCUCCACCAGUUCCCAGCAGAGUCAGCAUCAGGCCCCAGAACUUCUGGUUUCACCUGCCAGUGAUGAUAUUCCCACAGUAGUAAUUCAUCCACCCGAGGAGGACUUAGAAGCACAGGAAGGCCAGGAGCAGAAGAAAGAGGAUAAUGUUGACAUGACACCAGGUAUUCUGGCCUCUCCACAGUCAGCACCUGGCAAUUUAGACAUUAGCAAAGGUGGAGAAGUUAAAGGUAAUGGAACUGGAGGAAGCCGAGAAAAUAGCACAGUUGACUUCAGCAAGGUUGACAUGAACUUCAUGAGGAAAAUACCUACAGGGGCUGAGGCAUCAAAUGUUUUGGUGGGAGAAGUAGAUUUUUUGGAAAGACCUAUCAUUGCAUUUGUGCGGCUAGCUCCUGCUGUUCUCCUCUCAGGACUGACUGAAGUCCCGGUCCCAACAAGGUUCUUAUUUCUGUUGCUGGGCCCAGCAGGCAAAGCACCACAGUACCAUGAAAUUGGAAGAUCAAUAGCUACUCUAAUGACUGAUGAGAUUUUCCACGAUGUUGCCUAUAAAGCAAAAGAUCGAAACGAUCUCCUGUCUGGAAUCGACGAAUUUUUAGACCAAGUAACAGUCCUGCCUCCAGGAGAGUGGGAUCCAUCUAUACGUAUUGAGCCACCAAAAAGUGUUCCUUCCCAGGAAAAGAGGAAGGUACCUAUAUUUCCAAAUGGAUCUACUCCCUCAGGUGAGAUCCACAAAGAGGAGGGCCAUCAUUCUGGACCUGAGUUGCAGAGGACUGGAAGGCUUUUUGGUGGUUUGAUACUUGACAUCAAAAGGAAAGCACCUUUUUUCUUGAGUGACUUCAAGGAUGCAUUAAGCCUGCAGUGCCUGGCCUCGAUUCUUUUCCUAUACUGUGCCUGUAUGUCUCCUGUAAUCACUUUUGGAGGGCUCCUUGGAGAAGCUACAGAAGGCAGAAUAAGUGCAAUAGAAUCUCUCUUUGGUGCGUCGUUAACUGGGAUUGCCUAUUCAUUGUUUUCUGGGCAACCUCUUACAAUAUUGGGAAGCACCGGACCAGUUCUAGUAUUUGAAAAAAUAUUAUUUAAAUUCUGCAAAGAUUAUGGCCUUUCCUAUUUGUCAUUACGAACCAGUAUUGGUCUGUGGACGUCAUUCUUAUGCAUUGCUCUUGUAGCGACAGAUGCGAGCAGCCUUGUCUGUUAUAUUACUCGAUUUACAGAGGAGGCUUUUGCAGCUCUUAUUUGCAUCAUAUUUAUUUAUGAAGCAUUGGAAAAACUCUUUCACUUGGGAGAGGUAUAUGCUUUCAACAUGCACAACAACCUAGAAAAACUGACAUUAUAUUCGUGUGUCUGUGCUGAGCCCCCAAACCCUAACAAUGGAACUGUAGAAAUGUGGAAGAAAAUUAAUAAAACAGGGGAUACUAUUUCCUGGGGAAAUCUCACCAUUUCUGAAUGCAAAACCUAUCAUGGUGUGUUUGUUGGAUCAGCUUGUGGCCUCCAUGGGCCUUAUAUUCCUGAUGUUCUUUUUUGGUGUGUCAUCUUGUUCUUUACAACAUUUUUCCUUUCAUCUUUCCUUAAGCAGUUUAAGACCAAGCGCUAUUUUCCUACCAAGGUGCGAGCAACAAUCAGUGACUUUGCUGUAUUUCUCACAAUAGUCAUAAUGGUUGCAAUUGACUACCUUGUAGGAGUUCCUUCUCCUAAACUUCAUGUUCCCGAGAAGUUUGAGCCUACUCGUAAAGAUAGGGGUUGGAUCAUAGACCCUCUCGGAGAAAAUCCUUGGUGGACAUUAUUAAUAGCUGCUAUUCCAGCCCUACUCUGUACGAUUCUUAUUUUCAUGGAUCAACAAAUUACAGCAGUAAUCAUAAACAGAAAGGAGCAUAAACUGAAGAAAGGAGCUGGCUACCAUCUUGAUUUGCUCAUGGUUGGUGUUAUGUUAGGAGUUUGCUCCAUCAUGGGUCUACCUUGGUUUGUGGCUGCAACAGUAUUGUCUAUAAGUCACGUGAACAGCUUAAAAGUGGAAUCUGAAUGCGCAGCUCCAGGGGAACAACCCAAAUUUUUGGGAAUCCGGGAACAGCGAGUGACUGGAUUAAUGAUUUUUGUUCUGAUGGGCAUGUCUGUGUUCAUGACCUCUGUAUUAAAGUUUAUUCCAAUGCCAGUCCUUUAUGGUGUUUUCCUUUACAUGGGAGCUUCUUCACUCAAAGGCAUCCAGUUUUUUGACCGUAUAAAGUUAUUUGGAAUGCCAGCAAAACAUCAACCUGAUCUGAUAUACCUGCGUUACGUUCCAUUGUGGAAGGUCCAUAUCUUUACGGUUGUUCAGCUCACGUGUCUGGUUCUUUUAUGGGUGAUCAAAGCUUCAGCUGCUGCAGUAGUUUUCCCCAUGAUGGUUCUUGCAUUGGUGUUCAUACGCAAGCUCAUGGAUCUAUGUUUCACCAAACGAGAACUUAGUUGGCUUGAUGAUCUCAUGCCCGAAAGUAAGAAAAAGAAGGAAGAUGAUAAAAAGAAAAAGGAAAAAGAGGAAGCUGAAAGGAUGCUUCAGGUUAGUGACAGUGAAAGGGUGCACCUUCCAUUUGAAGGGAGAAGUCUCUUGCAGAUUCCUGUUAAGGCUCUAAAAUACAGUGUUGAUCCCUCAGUUGUAAACAUAUCAGAUGAAAUGGCCAAAACUGCACAGUGGAAGGCACUUUCCAUGAACACUGAGAGUGCCAAAGUAACCAGAUCUAACAUGAGCCCUGAAAAACCAAUAAGUGUGAAAAUAAAUUUGGAAGAUGAGCCUAUGCGGAAAUAUGUGGAUGCUGAAACUUCAUUAUAGAAAGGAACCAAGAGGAAUUAUGUGUGUGUGUGUGCGUGCGUGUGUGUGUUAUGUAUUUGUAUAUAUCAUUAUGGGUUGUCAUACUACUGAAGUGUGAUCACCAUGUUUCUUGAAGCUGUGUCCUCCAACCAUUAUGCCAAGAGUGGUAGAGACUGUGUAUAUAAGGAAAUCGAUAUGUGGUUAUUACCCUUCAGAUAUUUAUUCUAUCUUUCAUUUUAAAAUAGGAAGAUGGGGCAAGAUGCAUAUGUAUAUUCUCCCCCCUCCACCCCCAACCCCCACAAAUCUAUGUGUGUGUCAGAAGUAAUUCAGAUCAGCCUUAGCUUAUAAGUACCGGUCCACAUUUUAGAAUCUUGUGAUGUUAAAGUUUUAACCUGAUCUAUUGGAAAAUCUUUGGUGCAGUCCAGUUAUUACUCUGGGUCUUUGUGGGAAGCACAAGCAGCAAUCAUGUGAUAACAAGGUCAUGACGUAGCUCUGAGGUAUGUGGAUGAUCUGUUCACCCUCUAUCACACUCACUUUUCACGGAGGUGACUUUGCAGUCCUCAGUGCUUUUUAAAAAGUACCCAAAGAACCAAGAAAAAAAAAAAUCCAACCUCUUAUUUACUUUGUAGCACUCAAGUAGAAAUAUAAGUGAUUUUAAAAUGUAGUUUACCCCUAAGCCAAUCCUGGCUAUUCUGUAUAUCCAUAAUUAUUUUUUUCAUACAAUAUAGAAUGGCUCAACAGUUAAAUAAGAUCUAACAUAUAUCAGAUCAUGUUCCUUUUAAUUCUUUAUAAAUGGUCAUAAUUACAGAAUAGUCAAAGACUCCUGGGAUUUGUUCUUUGCCUUGUGUUUGCAAAACUCAUACAGAUAGUAAAAGUUAAGCAUACACCGGGGCAGAACAGAACCUCUCUCACCAAAAGAAAUUCUCAUUUUUUUAGGAUGUUUUCAUUUAUUAUCGGGUUUAAUUAUUAAUCAUUUUAAGUGUGAGUAAAUUAUCAGGAGCUAGAAUUCUAGAAGGGUCUGUAAUCAGUAUUACUUUUCAAGCUUUAAGAUUUACCUUUGGAUUGUGUGUUUACAGUUUCAUUCUUCCCAUUGUAAAAACAAGAAAACUAUUUAAUAGCAUGCUUUAAUUUUGUCUUUAAACAUUUUAUUUAUUUUCAUUGGUAAGAAGCUUAAAUGUAACACAACAGAAGAUAAUAUACAGUACAGUAAAUGUCCUUUGUAAAUAUUGGAGCCUUAUGGCAUUUAUGAUUCUCGAGAAAUGUGGUUGGAAAAUUUGAUACAUUUGAUGUUAUGGUACCUUUUAAGCACUGCCAUGUUAGGUUUUUGUUUUCAUUCUCUUUUUUUUGUAGGAAAUUAGCAUUUCAUGUAAAGCAUACACUGUUAUUUACAGACCUGCUUUGUGAUAUUAUUCUCGUUUGUUUUGGCAUUAUUUUAGUUAUCUCCACUUUGUCUUUUUAUGUGCUCAUAGUUUUAACUCCCAACUUUAAAUAAAUAUUAUUAUUAAACCUG